AUGUCACUGCAAGAGAACCUGGUGCAGCACGAGAUCCACCAAGACUGGGCCAACUGCGAGUACAUCAAAGUGAUCACUAGCUCCAUCAAGAAGAUCACGGACUUCCUCAACUCCUUCGACAUGUCCUGCCGCUCCCGACUCGCCACCCUCAACGAGAAGCUGACAGCGCUGGAGCGACGGAUCGAGUACAUCGAGGCCAGGGUAACAAAGGGCGAAACUCUCAUCUAACUGCUGAAGGCUGGUGGGGAGCUGACCUGGAGAAGAUUGUGCGGCUGUGCCAGAAUUCACUGUAGGGCAUCUGAUUUCUGCA